AUGAGUUUAGUAGUCAAAGGUAAUAUUCGAUGGAAUAAAGAAUUGAACAAAAAUGUUGGCUACUUUAACUUUCAUUAUUCCUGCUCAACAGAUUGUACAUUUGAUGCUCAAUUUAAUCGUCCAUUAACUGUGAAACAUAUUCAAAUCGAAUCAAAAGAAAAGAAUUGUUUAAAUUACAGAAUUCUGAUUCUACAUAUAUUAUCUUCUGAUAUUCGAAUUUUAUCAUUGUCGAAUAUUGACUUAACUGUUCAAAAUCAAUUCGAUAUUCCAAGAAAAGAAACAAUUAUUGGUAUUAAUGUAUAUUCAACAAUAUCUAGAUUUGAAAUCGAUAUCAAAAUUCAACGAUGUGAGAUAAAUGAUUCACCACUUUUAUUAUUAUUUACUCGUUUAAUGACAAAUAUUGUACUUCAGGGUAUAGGAUUUGCCAUGCAAUUGAUGAUGAUACUACACUGAUUAUUAAUCAGUUAUAUUGUUAAAUGAAUUUAAAAUUCUCUUUUUGCUUCUAAAUGUCGUUUAUUGAACAGUAAGAGGAAUAAUAAUAUUGACUGAUAACCCAAGAGAAAAAAUUCUUUUUUUGGACAGUUUCUUUUAGAUGAUUGAUUAAUCUGUUGCAUGAUAAAUAUAUCAUAAUGAGAGAGAUCUAUUAGAAAAGCAGAAUUUUGUCUUAAAAUUUAAAAAACGAUACACAAAGAGAAAGAACGAAUGUACUCGUGGUUUGUUUCUAUGAAUAUAUGAAAUAUAUCUUAGAAUCUUUAUCUAUUUUACAAAUACUUUAAAAGAAACGAUGUUAGUUCUUUAUUGAAUUAGUAAAACUAGACAAUAAGAACAAUCGAUAAAAACCAUUUUAUUAUAAUGACUUGAUGCGCUUUCAUUGCAAUUUAUAGGGCUUUUAUGUAACUUCAAAAUUUUAGACAUCAUUACCAUCACGGUUGACUAUAGUCGUAAAAAUUUUUUUGUACCUGUAUUUGGAAAUAUGUAUUCAUAGCGUACCUUCUAAGUACUGAAUAAGAUCAAUAUUGAAGUAGUUAUAGAUCAGUCAUUCAAUUUUCUUUCUAACUCUCCAUCGUAAGUCGUGUGACUUGUUAAAGUUAUUUUCAAAAUAGAUGUUCAAUAGACGUAUUAUUCAUACGAUUACUAAAACUCAUACACUUGAAGCUGCGAAUGUUAAUUUUUUUAUACUGGUCGAUUACAGUUUUUAUUGGAAAUAAUCACAUUCUAUUUCUAAAACUUUUUCUUCAAGUAAUUCAGACUGUUACACAAAUAAAUUGAAAAUGAAAAUAUAUUAUGCACACACGAAUUUCGAAAGCACAUUUUUCGUUCUUUCUUCGUAUUAGUUUCUAAAAUAAUACGUGACGCAAAAGAAAAAUACUUUUUACAGUCUCGAUCACAAAAAGAAUCUAUUACUCUAUCUAAUCAUUGAUGCAUUUAUUUACACCUUCUUUCUUAUACUCUCUAAACAACAAAAUUAUUCUUGCUUGUAAUUCAUUUUUAUUCCAUCCAAAUAAUAAAUUAACGAUCAAGUUGAUGAAAUAUUUAUAUACAAAUAAAAGUUUCAUAAUUAAGCUUUUUAUUUACUAAGUUUAAAAUAUCAGUAUUGCAAUAGGUGUUUAUCAAAUAUUGUAAAGGUGCUGACAACGAGGGAUAGAUAGAAAAAACACUAAAUAUGCCAUUCUAACUAUAGUUAUGAGGGCUAUCUAUGCCUUGCAAUCAUAUAUGAACAGUAUGUGAUAAGGAUGUAUUCUGCUAUCAAUUUGAUUACACUUACACUUUGCUGAGCUGCUUUUCAUCAAAAGUAAAAGAUUUAUUAAGUGUGGGUGUGACUCAUGAAUUCAAGACACCCACACCCACACCUAUACUCACACCCAGCUUUUCUUGAUAAAUAUAUUCGACGAAAAUCGAUGUGGUGAAGCUCAUUUUCGGCAAAUUUUUGUUGCCGAAGGUAAACUAAAUGAUUUCAUCAUCUCGAUUUAUACCAUACCAAUAAACAAAUAUCCCAUGUCACCUCUUUUUUAAGGAUUACGUCGCAAUUGCGCGUAACUGCGUCGCAGUUGUCACAGUCAGAAUCUCAUAAAUAGUACCACAUUUACUGCGCUGCAGUUAUAGCAGUCAGAGU